UGCGCUUGUGGGACUGAGAGGAUAGAGGGAAGGAAGUGAGAGUACUGUUGGGGAGAGAGAGAGACAGAGAGAGGGGGGGUGAGAGACUGCAGUUGUGGUCGUGGAGAGAUCGAGGGAGGAACGUGAGGGAGGGAAGUGUCAGUGAGUGGCAGUGUGAGGGACGCGUGGUGGCCGAGGUGGUGUCAGUGUGAGGCUCGCCAUGUCCUCCUCCUCUUCCUCCACCAAUGGGAAGGUGCGAAGGGUCGUCCUCAGCACAGGUAACAUACUGGAAAUGGAGGAGCUCAUCAAGAAGGCUGGGCAGACCACCAUCGAAGAGCUUCGGGGAAGCAUAAAUACCACCCUCAGUAGCUGGGGAGGCACAAAGGAUGAGGAGCAGACUGGAGAGGUGUUGACCAUCCAGCGUGUGGGUAACAAUGCUGAAGUGGAGUCCAAUGACACCUCAAGCAACAAAACUACUGUCAAGCUGUUUCUCAGCAAUAAUGAUUCCACCCAGGUUGAGGAUGCAGUUAAGACAGUGUCAUCCAGCCUCAACCUGCCUCGCAUUGACUUGGUGAUUGUAACACCACCUGAUGUGAGUGAUGAUGCUACGCUGGAGAGUUUGGAGCCACUGUGGAAGGCAUUAGAGGAUGCUGUUGGGCGGGGAGAAGUGUUGUCUCUCGGUUUGGCAGAUGUUUCCUACCAGUUGUUCCGGGAUUUGUACAACUGGGCCAAGGUGAAGCCGACCACUCUGCAAGUUAAUCUUUCUUCCUGCUGUGUGGUGCCCCAGGAGCUUUCUUCUUUUGCCCAACAAAAUGAUGUGCAGGUUCUCACCCAUAAUGAUGCUGCAGAAAUAGUUGAUGAAGACAUUGUAUUAAGCAUUACCAAACGACUUGGCUUGACUGGUGCUCAGUUACAGUGGGUGGCAAGACACCGAACAAUCCAGCAGUGCUUUGGAUUGGUGCAGGACAAAGGAUACACAUUGGCGCUGGCCUGCAGUGGAUAGUCUGGUGGGGAUUGUUAUUAUCUACAUUUUUUACAUGAUUGUAAAGUUGUUUUUAGGAUAGAGGUUAUAGUGGAGUACAUUUUAUUUUAAAUUACUAUUACACACCUUUUGGGAGUACAUAGUGAUCAAUAUUAGCUGACAGUAAAGACAGAGGAGCCAGUUUUGAAUUAUAGGUGAAAUGCUGUUAAGGCCAGAGAUCAGAGAUGUUCAUGGACUUAGAAGAUGGGAGUGUAUCCUUGUAGUUUAAGUGCUGUUGCUUAUAAAAUCUCAUUUAUAAGACAACUUUGCACAAUAAUAUUGAGUGCAUGCUGUGCAUCACUUCUUAGGGCACGAAAUGUGAAGUUCACAAACAACAAGUAUAAAACUUUAGCUUAAUGCAAUAUUUAUUUUGUUAUAGGCCAUAAAAUCAUGACCUGAAAGUCCAUAUAUUUUAUAUGGUUUUGUGAGUUCUUCAUUGUGACCUAUAAUGAAGUAGAAUAAUAAAAAUUUUUUUCUGCAAAUUAUGCACAUCUCACAUGUUGACCUAAAAUUCAUGAAUAUAUUGUGGCAAACCUGAUAGUAGAUUAAUUAUGUACAUGAUAGAUGAGGCUAGUCACUUUAUUAAAGGAAUAUGGCACUUGGGUGAUCAGACUUUAGGAAUUUUAUCCCUAUUGGUUGGGAAUAAUUCAAGGAAGUUUUCUUUUGAUGCCAUUUUUGAAUGAGUGCCUAUUAUAACAUCUUGUGCUAAAAGAAAAGAUUUUGUGGUUUAUGUUGCUUGUGUAUCUUACUUGUCCAAAGUCUCGCACACACACACACACACACACACACACACACACACACACACACACACACACACACACACACACACACACACACACACACACACACACAUACCCUCAUAACUCAGUGGAAUGCUCUUGCAUACUAUUUGACAUGUGUAGGUUCAGACCAUGCUCAGAUCACUAAGGAUUUUUCACUGACUGUGGGCAGUUACUCUUCAUCUUGAGCAAGGGGAUGGGGUGUGUGGUGUGUAUGGUGUCACAGCUUUACCCCUUAGAAUGAUCUCUAUGUGCUCUGAACACCAUCUAUGAGGGUAACAACUGGCAGCAUGGCUGGGCGUGAUAAUGAAAAAUUUAUCAUGAUAACUGAUAAAUCAAUAAUGAUAACCUUAUCAGCAAUAACCAAUAAUCAAUAAUUGGCGAUAAAUUUAUCGCUUGAUAACCAAUAAAUCCAAAAUUUCAAUACUAGUGUUAACGAUAUUGAUAAUUUAAAUAAAAUUGAUAAAUCCAAAUCUUUAUUUUUUUCUUUAUCUUAGAAAACUUUGAAAAAUCUUGGAAAAAAACUUUAAGUUCAAUGUUUAUCCUGUCUUUUCACUUAUGAAAAGUACUGUUUUAAGUAGAAUAACUACAUUUGAUUUUGAAAGUUAAAAUUUUCAACAUGCUCAUGUUCAAAAACAAAAAUUAUCGAUUAUUGCUAGUUUGGAAGCAAAAGUAUUGGUGAUACUGAUGAAUCAGUAACAUGGGAAAAAUAAUUUUUGGAUAACUGGUAACCAAAUCUUGUUAUCGUGACAAAUUAUCACAAUAACAGCCACCUAUGGUUGGCAGUCUGAAAAAUUAAGAUCAAGAUUAUCAUGAAUACCACACACACACACACACACACACACACACACACACACACACACACACACAGAUGGGCAGUAAUGUAUUUAUGAAAUACAUAAAUGUACAUUUGAAGACAAUUUUUUAUCUAAAUAUCAUAUUUUAAGUGUUCUUUCUGUUACUAAAUAUUUUUUGAAAUAGCAUUUCAGUACAUUUCAGAGUGAUAUUUUUGUAUUUUAUGUAAAUACAAUUUUUCAAAUAUUCUUGUAAACACCACAUAAAUCAAACAUUUCAUGUCUCUUGUGCAAAGGGAUCAAGGAGCAAACUGUACCCAUGAAUUAGUUGCACACAAAGCGGCAGUCCAUGACUUCAUGUCGCCUCGUACUUGUAAAUUAUUACCUAUUCUGAACAUAUCUGAACUCAUUGUUUCCAGAUACUUGUUGAUGCUGCUUAAGUUUUACAUAAAUUGUGUAUGUUCACAUAAUUGUGGUCAAAUGCUUAGCAAUGCAGUAUAGGUAACUGGUGAAAACAUUUUUGUUUAGAAAUUCAGAAGAAUCAUGCUUUUAUAAUUGACAGAACUAAAAGUAUUUUUAAUGUAUUUCAAAAGUCACAGUCAUGUUUAGUGUAUUGUAAUUAGUAUCUAGAAACAAUUAACUUUCUUUUAAAGUAUUUAGUAUUUAAUUACUUUUCAGAGCAGUAUAUGUAUUUGAUAUUUUAUAUUUAAAUUCACUUUAUAAUAUUUAUGCCCAUCACUACACACACACACACACACACACACACACACACACACACACACACACACACACACACACUGCCUCAUGGUUCAGUGGUAAAAGGGGCUGAGUCUGUGUUGGCUGCUAUGGCUGGCAUAAGUUCGAACUUCACUAGGGGCUGGUCACCUCAGGGAUUUUUCUGCUGACAAGUGGGGCAGUUACUGUCUCCACUGACCAGGGGAAUGGGGUGUGUGCAGUGUGUGAGGUCACAAUAAUAAUGGUAAUAAUGAGCUCUGAGCUCACACUGAGAGGGUAACAGCUGGUGGUUGCGGGUCUGCUCAUGAUCAACCCUUGGUGAAUUACACACACACACACACACACACACACACAUACAACUGGCUGACAUUUCCCGUUGAGGGGGUUAUAGCCAGGACAAGAUGUCUACAUAAUUCAUAUAUAUGUACAUGCAUACAUGCAUUCACAAGUAUUCACUUACAAAUUAGCCUCUAGAUCUCACCUACAAGACUUUUUUAGACUUGGAUUAUGUUGUGAAAUUCUGAAACAUCUUAAGAAAUGAACAAUUCAUUGAUAAGACUAUCUUAAGACUUCAUUGUUUCUUCUAAUGCCAUAAUUAGCUAUAGUUUGAUAAAACUUGAUACACAGUCUUAGAAGUGUUGAAAGGCCAAUAAAGUUUCUCAAAACUCUUGCACCUAAACACAACUACCUCAUCCUAUCCUGAACUGUCCUUGCAAUCCUGGCAGCUGGUGCAAGAUGGAGUAUCCUUGUACAGGCAGAUGUCCAGAAGGUGAAGCUUCCUGGUGUGCUCCACCUGCUCAAGUGUUGCCUUUUCAUAAAUCACCUGCUCCUCAUUGCUAAUAUCAAUGAAAACUGAGAGGUGGUGGGCAAUGAAAAAGAGUGAAAAGUUUGUGGACAUUAAAAUUUAUGCUGGUGGGCAUUCACAGAUGAAGGGAGUGGAUGCAUCUCAUAAAAAAAACUAUUACUUAGCUAUGACCAAAGGAAACAUUAACCUCUGUCCAGUGCUGCUGAAUACACCAAUAUGUGAAAUGUUAUAUCAUGCAGUUUGCAGAAUGCUAAUGCACAAUAUUGAUAAAUCUAGACAUAAUGAAAGCAACUUCUCAUCAUAGAAUAAUCCUUAACACAUUGCAAAAUGCUUUGAAUAAUAAAAUCGACACAUUUGCAUGCAUACAGUGAUUUACACCUACUUCAACCCAAUACCUUAUCUGGUCAUAGCACAAAUAUAUGUAUGCAAAUAGAGUUCAGCACAGGUGACACUCUUGUCUUUAACACAUCCUUGUAACAUUUCCACUUUACAUAUGCAUCUGAUAUAUAGCAGUCACUAAAAGUUACUAUAAAUACCCAUAUUGCACGUUAUGAUGAAUCUAAAUGAUGAUGAAAGGCUGAACUUACAUAAUUGCUACUCAUUUGCUCCCUUUGACAUCAUUUAAGUAAUUUUUGAACCACCAACAGUGGGAGGUUGGGUUGGGUUGAUACCUGCUUUAUGUUUAAUGUAAGCUGAAAUACAUUAACACUAUCAAAAAAUAUUUUUGUGUGUAGUUGACCAGAAAUCAGCAGAUGAACAUAACACACAAAGCAGUGAAUGCCUAAACUUUUACUGCAUUACUAGUAACAGAGAUUGCUGAACUGCUAAUAGUGUGAAGAGAAAUGCAACACUAGGAAGAUAUAAUGCAGAUAGGAUUCCAUCAGCUUGGUUUAUGAACUGAUGAUUGUCAAUCAAACACAACCAUUUUUCAUCAGCAUGGACUCUGGCAUAGUGCAUGACUGAGUACUGUGUUAGGCUGACAGAGCUAAUGUAGUAUAAAGUUAAGGCUAUUGGAGAUAAGGCUGCUUACUGAGGGAGUUGCGAUUUUUAAAAUUAGUGCCUGAAGAAAGCAGAUUCGUAUGAGUGCACCAAGUUAGCUUAUACUUGUGUGUGACAAAAAAUAUGACUAUAGCAUAUGCAAACUAUUUCUAUUUGUUUUAUCACUAUGAAGAGUACGACAGCAUCUUCAGUGUAAAGUAAUUGUGGUAGAUUUUUUUAUUAUUACUAUUCUUAUUUAUUUAUUUAUUUUUUAAGAAUUAUGUGUACCAUUCUUUUUAAACUUUUGGGACCAGUUAUUUUUCUUGUAGAAAUAUUUAGAAAUAAAAUUUGUAAUUUGAUGAUAAGCAAAUACAAAUCCACAAAUUUUCAGAGCUGCUGUAUGCCUAUAAUCAGGGACUAGGAAGCUAGUGGCCUUUUUAAAAUUUUUUUGGAGAUUUAAUGAUGAAGACAUCUUUGCGCCAAUAGCAUAAAACUUAAUUGGUAUGAUUUGUGCCAUACCUAAUUUCUAGUCUUUUAAUCUGACCUCUAGAGCAGAGAUCACUGCCAAAAUAAUCCUUCAAGUACUGUAGUGGUAAAAUUAAUCUAAAAAGUGAUAUAUCUCUUAGAGUUUACAUACAUGGGUAGUCAGCAAAUGGAUUCAUAAACAUUGUGUUGAAUGUAUAAGUGUGGUUAUUGAUGUUUACGUAUAUAAGGUUGAAGAUAUGGCAAUAUAAAUUUUUAUGACAGAAAA